ACGGCAGAUGUCAGGAUGCCGGAGCAGAGUAACGACUAUCGUGUGGUCGUCUUCGGGGCGGGCGGCGUUGGAAAAAGCUCCCUUGUGCUGCGCUUCGUGAAGGGGUCCUUCCGCGAGUCCUACAUCCCGACCAUCGAGGACACCUACAGGCAGGUGAUAAGUUGCGACAAAAACAUAUGCACACUUCAAAUUACGGAUACAACGGGGUCCCAUCAGUUUCCCGCUAUGCAGCGGCUCUCUAUAAGCAAAGGUCACGCCUUCAUCUUGGUGUACUCGGUGUGCUCACGGCAAAGUCUCGAGGAGCUACGUCCAAUCUGGGCCGUGAUAAGGGAGCUCAAAGGCCAAGAUAUCUCGCAGAUACCCAUUAUGUUGGUUGGGAAUAAGUGCGAUGAGAGUCCAUCAGUGCGUGAGGUGUCGAUGAGCGAGGGCGCGGCCGAGGCGGCCAACUGGGGCUGUGGCUUUCUGGAGACCUCGGCCAAGACGAAUCACAACGUGGACGCCCUGUUUCGGGACCUGCUCACCCUCGAGAAGAACCGCUCGGUCUCGUUACAGCCGGUGCAGAGCAACAACGCGAUAAGACUUAAGGAGAAAUGUGCCGUUAUGUAA